CGUUGAGUUUUGCCAUUUCAUUUGUGGCAAAAUUUGGAUGGCAUUUUCCACAUGGGCACACAUGCUUUGCCCUUCAUUGCCUGUGGUUGCUGCAGCAACUGUUACCUUACAUGACAUAAAGGGAUGGCUGCAGCAAGGAUUUAAGAGGACUGUGUCUGAUCAUUGUCCUAUUGUGGUAAAAACAACGGUAGUUGAUUGGGGACCAAAACCAUUCCGAGUGCUGGAUGCUUGGCAACAGCACCCGCAGUUCAAGAAGGCGGUUGAGGAUAAAUGGAAGGAGUUAGAUGAGGAAGAGUAUGCGGGUUAUAGAUGUAAACAAAAGCUUAAGAGGUUGAAGGAAUUUUUAAAAGGAUGGAAUAAAGAGGUGUUCAAAAACAUGGAAGCACAAUUUCCAAGUGUGGCCAAUAGAGUAGAACAGAUUGAUUUGAAGAAUGAAUUGAUAGAUUUGGAGGAAGAGGAGGUGGAUCUAAGAAAGGAAGGUUUCCAGCAAUUAUGGGAUAUUCUGUGGAAAAGGGAGGCUAUCUGGAAGAAAAAAUCUAGAAGUGAUUGGGUUAGAUUGGGGGAUCAGAAUAUGAGAUAUUUUCACAAAAUUGCAAAUGGGAGGAAGGCCCAAAAUAGUAUCUCGGGAUUAUGGUCUAAUGGUCAGUGGGUAGAGGAUCCGAAUAUGGUCAAGGAUGAGAUGGUUAAGUACUUUAGCAAGAUGUUUCGAGAAGACUCUUGGAAUCGACCCAAACCUUCAAAUCUUGUUUUUCGGAGAAUUUCUAGUGAUCAGAAGGUGUGGCUUGAAAGGCCUUUUACUGUUGAGGAGAUUAAAGAAGGUUUGAAGAGUUGUGAUGGGAGUAAAGCUCCAGGGCCUGACGUGUAUAAUUUUAACUUUCUUAAAUUCAUCUGGAGUAGUGUAAGGGAUGACUUUGUUGUUUUUUUUCGGGAAUUUCAUCAGAACAGCAGGUUAGUGAAGGGGUUGAAUUCUUCUUUUCUUGCAUUAAUUCCGAAGAAGCUGAGCCCUAGGGAUCUAAAAGACUUUAGGCCUAUUAGUCUAAUUGGUUGUAUGUAUAAGUUGUUAGCAAAAGUGUUAGCUAAUAGGCUUAAGGAUGUGAUGCCAGAGAUUAUUAGCGAAACGCAAUCGGCUUUUGUAGGAGGACGACAAUUGGUUGAUAGUGUUUUGGUUCUUAACGAAGUUGUGGAUGAGGUUCGCAAGAGGAAGCAAUCGGCUUUUGUUUUUAAGGCUGAUUUUCAAAAAGCUUAUGAUUGUGUUAAUUGGUCAUUUUUGGAUUGGAUGUUGGAUGUGUUUGGCUUUGGAGAAAAAUGGAGGGGGUGGAUUAUGGAGUGUUUAUCAACUGCCAGGGUUUCGGUGUUGGUAAAUGGUAGUCCGACAAGGGAGUUUGAAAUGGGGAAAGGACUCAGGCAAGGGGAUCCUUUGUCUCCUUUUUUAUUCCUAAUGGUUGGAGAGGCAUUGCAUGGACUGGUUAAAAAAGUAGAAAAUGAAGGAAUGCUACAGGGGGUAAAGGUGGGUAGGAAAGGGCUGGUUGUUUCUUUGUUACAAUUUGCAGAUGACACAGUUAUUUUUGGUAAGGCUAACAAAGAAAAUGUUCUCAUGGGGUCGUCUCACGUUGCUAAACUCGGGGAGAAAAGGAAGAUCUCGUGGGUAAAAUGGGAGGUUAUUUGCUGGAGUAAGGCGAAAGGAGGACUAGGGGUUCCGGAUUUGCGUCGGAGAAAUUGGGCGCUGUUAGGAAAAUGGUGGUAUAGGAGCAAUGGGGAUUUUAGAGAGCAAUUGCUAGAGUUAAUUCAAGUGAAGUCUUAUUUCUGGAUUAGAAAUAAGGUGAAUGGGAGUGUUUUCUCAUUAGCUCAGUGGCAGAGUAAUCCUAGGGAAUGUGCAAUGGAGCUGAAAUGUUACAAGAGAUACCUCAAAUUGUUUACCAAGCACCAGCAGCAACAUCCUUCCAAAUAGCUUUCUUGGAAAUAUGGAUUUCUUACAUGGGCAAAUUGGACGGUUGUUUCUUUAGUGUUUGGGUUGUCAUCAUGCUGUGUACAUGAUUUUCUGUUAUUAAUUUACUUUGUUGGGAGUGUAAGCAUUUUAUACUCUUUGUAGAAGGGCAGGAGUACCUCUUGUGCUCCAGUUAAUAAAAUAUUUUUGUUUUG